AUGCCCACAUCAGCAAGACAAAAAAGCAGCCCAAUUUUCGCUCUUCAACUCACCAACGUUACUGUUUACUCUCAGAUGUGGCACGAUGAUCGUCGAUGGGCUCGGUGUGAAUUUAAGUCGAAAGCUUGCUUGAUAUCAUUCGCGAUUGCCGGACUGACGCUGGCCCAGCCAUACAUUCCAAAUGAAGCAAACAAGGUCAAACGAUUCCCUUACUACUACUUCGGAGAUUUGUUGGAACCAGAAGCAGGAGUCACAGAGCGAGAAAUUCAACCAGAUUUUGAAUUCCGCCCUCCAACCACAUUCACUGAUUUUUUGGCUCAAUCUACCCAACCGGCCCGUGAAGUGGCAUCAUCUUCCGCUGCAAGUGGGCAUCAAGCUUCAUUCUACUUCCCAUUCCAGAUACCGGCUGAAUAUCUUUCAUCGGGUCAACUUGGUCCAUCUGUUGCCCGUCAUUCACGCCACACAAACAUUCCUUCAAGCUCAUCGCAAUCAUUAUCGUCAAAAAUAAUUGGUAGCCCGGAUGACUUGAGUAGAGACCUUAGUAGGACAAUAGAGUUGGUACACGAUGCCAAGAGGCUCAAAGGUCAUUCGUCCGAUCACAUGGAGGAUCAUCACGGACACGUGCCCAUACCCGUAUAUAAGUUAAAGGAUGUUGUACCGCACAAGAAAAUAAUUCAGCCCAACCGAAGAAUUUAUCGAAUGUCAUUUGACGAGCCUCCACUGCUAACCUUUCAGCUAGAAAAAGUUCAAACUUUGCUGUCCGAAUCGGAUCUCCCACCGGGAAAUUAUGAAUCAAAACAAAUCGGGAAUAAUGACCGAGCUAGGAUAUGCAGGUUUUGGAAUGAGAACGGCAAUCUAAUUAUGACAAUCCGAAUCUUUGACUUCCACCAAAACACUGUGAAGAUGCUGAUGUUGAGGAGGAGCAUGUCUAGCCUAAUGCAAUGGAUUCACAUUUCGCAUCAGGCUUUUCUGAACAAGCUAGAGAUCAAGAACGAUCAGCGCGGGGCAUACGAGUUGAAAUUCUGGGACUGGUUUUUCUCUGAGACUUUCACUCCUACCAACGGUCUUCCGGCCUUAGGAAAAGUCACUGAAGGACAAGCAACAAGUUACGAUCCGAAAAACCCGUUUGGAACGUUACAAGAACAUUUGAUCGACUAUCUGAGCCAAGACGCACCAAGCGAUUGUGCAUUGACUAAAGCGAUCAUCAUCUUGGGAAUCUGGUACAAGAACUUUAAUCCCGAAACUUGGAACGGGCUCGACGAUUCUUCGUACACUUCAUGGAUCGAAGUCGCAGUUAACCGAUUUCUGUCCGAGCGACGAAAAAAAAAGGCGCACAAACCCUGCGAUACCUUGUCCUAG